GUCUCAGAUCUGCACGGAGCCCUUCCUGCACCUGCGCUACGAGCGCACGGACUGCAACCUCAUGUGCUCGGCCAAGGGGCACCCGGCCACGUCCGAUUCCUGCCGGGCCGGGGACUUCCGCGCCGCCUUCUCCAGCAGGUACCUGAAGGAGUUUGGCUUCACCAUCCCUGGGCGCCCUGUGAUGGUGGAUGACGUGCGUGUGCGAGGCAUUGGCAGCACCGGGAUUGGCCAGGACGAGCCAGUCGCGGCCAGUGGCAGACCUGCCCGCGUGGAGAUGGUGACCCGCUGCUAUUUCACUGAUGGCUACCUGGACACCUGUGUGUACCUGCUGGAGAAUCUGUCCUGGGACCACUCCAUCCCUGGCCCCAGCAUCAUCAUUGAUAAGAACAGCACCAUCCUCAUUGAGCCGGGCUGCACAGCCUCCAUCACCCGCCACGGGGACAUCAGCAUUGCCCUGGGCUCCGAGAAGCAGGGCCCCAUCAGCACCCAGCUCGACACCAUCCAGCUCUCUAUCUUCUCCCACCGCUUCAUGGGCAUUGCAG